UUCUCUCUAUUCCCUAUUGGCCUCACUCCCUUUCUUAUACAGCCCAGACUUUAUCCUUAUUUCAAAUAUUAUCUUGAUGAUACCUGUAACCCUCCUGCCUCUCCGCACUUAGUCUUACCUGGAAAACACCCAAACAUGAACUUGAUUUCUACUGUCACUCCAUCCAAGCAGAUGAAUCCUAAAAUAUGAAGCUGAUUUAUUUCAAAACAAAAGAAGUAACAUUAAAUUAAAGACUUCUUAUAAGUACCCCCGGAGGAAAGGGACUGAGGCACAGUGUCCAGAGCAAGAUCAAAUCUACAGCCAUUAGUUUCCAUCCUGGAAACAAGGAAAAGAGAAAUAACUAAGAUAUAUAUUGUAUAUUUUCUGAAACAACCACUAUACAAUUAAUCUUCAUAAGAUCACUCAAAAUGAAGCUUCUAUUAUGGUCCUGCAUCUUGUGUGUUGCUUUUACAAAGGAUUAUGGUGGCAAUCAUUACCCACUUAACACAUCUCUGAAUAUUCCUUAUCCCAGGUCAGACAGGGAUUUUGCUCCUCCUUUUCGUCCUUCAGAGAAUAAAAUCCCCCCUUACCCUGAGAAUCCUGACCCUGAUACAGGGGUGCCCUCAUUUCCCUGGAUUCUCACCUCUCCUGGAGACCCCUUCCACCACAUUCCUAGUUUUCCUGCCACUGCUUGGUGGAUCCCCUCUCCUCCUCCUAGGGAAUCUCCCCACUUUGUCCCUAACUCACAUAAACCCGAAGGACCUUUCUUCUCACUCAAUGUUCCCCUGCCUACUGCUGCCAAACCUUAUGUAGCUAUACCUCAAGUAUCCACACGUACGACACCACCUCCAAACCCAGAACCUGUUGCAGUUGACCCUGGGGCGAUUGAGCCUGACGAUGCCGAACCUGUUGCCCCAGAACCUCAGCCUUCCACUUUUGACUAG